AUGAAUAUCAGGAUAUCUAGACAAAUAUUAAUUGAUUUAAUAGAUAGACUAAUUGUUAAACAAUUAUAUUAUUUAAUUACAAAUUUGCACAAACCAUGUUACUAGAAAAAGCAGUAAGAUGUGAUACAAUAUUAGUUAAAAGAAGAAGACGAGUAUAAAAGAUUGCAAAAACUGUCUUUAGGAAUUAGAGACCUGACUCUUAGAAUUUCUACUCUACAAAGCUUUAAUGACAUUUUAUCAUUAAAAUUAUUGAUUUGCGCUUAUCCAUUUCAAUAACGAAGCGUCGAGCUACUAGUUUCAAUAUUAUUUGACCGAUUUAAGGAUCAAUAAUUUGUGAACACAUUUUAUUAGGCCGCAUAAGAAGUUGCACAAUUACAAGAGUAAAGGAUGGUACUAAGUUAGAAAUCCUUAUCUAAAAUUUCAUAUGUUUACAAUUCAAUGACAGAAUUGAGAAAAAACUCUCAAAAUGCAUCGUUUUCAAAGCCAGUAACUCGAAAACUCUUAGAAGCCAAAAAGUUUUGCGUCUAAUAUUUGAAGUAGAUUUUUUAAAUGGCAAACGAUUUGAAAAUGGAUAUAGAAAAAUUAGCGAGAAUUUUUUAAAUAUUUAUAAAAAGUACUUAAGACCAAGAAUUUCGACUAACAAUAAUAUCAAUCUUUAAUGAAUGCAAACACGAGAUCUUUGGAAACAGAGAAUGGGUAACUACUUAUUACGAAGAAAUCGAUUAAUACUUCUUAUAAAAUCACAUUCGUAUACCAAAACAUAGCAUUAAUGAUAACAUUUCAGAUAAACUAAGCAGAGUUAGCUUCAAAAUUAUUGAUGACCAAGUUAGUUUUGAUAGUGAUGAAAGUGUAGAAGAGAAAAUAGAAUUGUAGAUUUAAAAAUGGUUAUGUGAUACAGACACAUAUGAUAUUCAAGAACUAAAUGAUAUUUUGAAUGGUUCUGAAUAUUUUAGUGAUCUUAUUAAAUAUGUCACUCAACCACAAAAGUGUGAGCUAAUCAAAUGUUGGGAUAAACAUGAAUUGCAAAAUACAGAAAUUAGAGAUAACACCUAUCAUAAAUAUAGCUAAAAAAGUCUAAGCUUUUAAUAGACCAUUAGAUCUUAUAAGGCUCUUUAAGUUUUAAUAAAGGAGGAGAAUGUUGCCUUUUUUAAUUAACACAUUCCUCAAAAUGUAAUUUAAAUAUUUAAUGGAAUUUAUGAUUUAAUUAAUGAUUACAGUAUUAAUGCUAAUCUCUAUCAUAUAGCUUAAUUAAUUGAUAAUACUUUGUUGAGGGAACCUAAAUUGGGGGUAGUUUAAAUUAUUGAUUUGAAUCUCUUUUUUUCUUUAACCUAAUAUAUUUAUAAUCCAAUGAUAUCAUCGAUUUUAGAGAAUAUAAUAAAUAUUAAUAUUGAUAAAUAUUAAUUGGGAUCCUUUUUUUAAGAAUAACUAUGGAAAUAUUUAUCUAAAACUAAUUGGUUCAAAUUUAUUGGUUAAUUGAUUUCAAAGGAGCGUUCUUAAUCAGGAAUUGAUUAAGGAUCAAAAGGUGAAGUGACCUUAACCAUUUUAUCAACUCUUAAGGCACUAUCUCAAUAUGACUCAAAGUAACAUUAAAAUUUAGGUGUGCAUUCUGAAGAAAAAGUUAAGUUAACUAAUUUUUUGGGAUCUCUACAAGCCGGCAAGACCCCGGAAAUGUUUUAUACAAUAAAUCAAUAAAAUUGGCAAUUAAAUUUAGAUGUUCAUGAGAAUAUCAACAUAAAAUAAAUACAUGUGUAAGACAUUGACAAUUUAAAAUAAUUUAAUUAAGAAAGGAAUAACAACCAAUUUGUUAAAUAAUAUUAUUAGGAUUUACGAAAUUAGAGAUCAAGAAAAUCAUUGAUUAGUUUGAAUGAUUCUAAUAUGAAUUCUUUUGUGGGUAAUAGCUUUUUGGAGGAUAGGAAUGUUGUAUUUAAAUAAUCAAUAGAUUCAAAUACUUCAAUCAAUAAUUAUAAUCCAAAACAUAACAUAUUGAUUAAUAUAAAAAAGAAUUAAGCCAAAUUUCAGGAGAAAUUCGCAUAAUCAAAUUCAUUUUAAUCAACUCCAUCUCAAUAAGUAGAAUCUCCUGGAUUGUAGAUAUUAACACAAAUUUAAAGAUUCGAUGUAAAUGAGGAUUCAAAACCAAAGGCUUUAAGUAAUCAAAAAAAAUCUCCCUUUUUAUACAAUUAAAGUAAGUUAAGGCUUAAAACUGAAGGAAACAGCACAUUCGAAGGGUUUUCUAGUUCUAAACUCAAAACCAUUUACCCAAGUUAUAAAACCUAGAUAAAAAAUACAGAAUAUUAAAAAUAAUUGGAAAAUCUAGAUUUCAAUUUUCAUUACUUUUUGGAUGGUUUAAGAUUAUUAUAGCAAUCCACGAAAAUAAUGAUAGAUUUCUUAAAAUUUAAUAAAGAAAAAGUUAAAUAGACAUUAAACAGAUUAGAUAUCGCUUCUAUUUGCAAAUCUUUUUUAAACGAGGAAUUGUUUAAUAAAUAUUUCUAAUUUUAUUUGUUAAAUAUAUUAGAUAUCAAAAAAAAUGAGUAUAACAUAUCUGAUGAAUGUGGAGUCUUUAUUAAUUUCAUUUUCGAAAAUAUCAUCGAAAUAAAAUAAUUAUGUGAGUGUUCAUAAAAUAUAUGCAAUAGUUUUAUGAAAUCAAUCGAAUAUCUUUGUAAAAUAAUAUUUGAUAUUCAUAAAAACCCUAAUGGCUUAGAUGGUUCAACUCUUAAAUUUAAGAAAACUCUAUUAAUAACUACACUUAAUUAUGGAUUCUAAUUAAUCCAUCAAACUAAUUAAGAGUUGACGGAGAGAUACAUCUUAAAAUACCUCAAUGAAAGUGUUCUUCAUAUUCUAAUAAUUUGGUUCUUUGAUAGCCAUGCAAAUAAUGUAUUCUAGAGAAAUUUCUACAUUUUUCUAAAUCAUAUCCUUGAGUAGGCUCCCUCCUCAUUGAUUUCAACUAUAAUUUUUAAGAUAGGACUGGUUUCAUCCUUGUAGAAUGCAUAUUCAAAGUUUUAUGUAAAUGGAAUUAAAAAUAACGCUAACUUUGAAGAUUUGUGUUACUACAUCAAAUUUAUAACAUAACUGAUUAUGAGCGUCAUAAGAAGAAGAAACUUGAUUAGCAUAGAAAGGAAUCUGGAGACAAUGGAAUCAUGGAAUAUUUUAACCAAUGGAAAGUCCUAUUUGCAACCAUUACUAUUAUCAAAGAAUAAGUCAUAAUUCUCUUUUUUAGAAAACUAAAUAUCACUAGAAAAAUGUUCAAAUGGAUAAAAUAUCUAGAAAUAAAUAGACAAUAAAUUGAAAGAAAAGAGAGUUAGUGAUGUUGUUGGAUUAAGAAAAUCAAUAAAUUUGACAAAGCUAUUACCAUUAAGUCCUGGCAUGCCUAAUAAAAUACAAUAAUAAAGUGUAAAAACCUGA